AUGCCAAGGUUACCAGUUGGUCGAGGUCGUGUUCGAGGCCAAGAAGUUGAUCCAAUUGAUUAUAAUACGAUGAAGGAAGAAUUAUUGAAUGAAAUCCGAGUGAUGAUGGGUCAAAAUAACAUUCAUCAUGAAGAAGGAGACGAGGAAGAAGGGGAUAAUACCAACGAAGAAGGGGAUUAUACCAACCCUUUUGGUAGAGGACGCCGUGAAGGUAGGAUAAUCCAACGUGACGAUUCUGAGCGCUGGAAGGCCGGAAUAAAAGUGGAGGUUCCAGAAUUCUAUGGAGGUUUAGAAGCGGAGGAGUUUCUUUCGUGGUUGAACACAGCUGAGGAAGUAUUGGAAUUUAAGGAUGUACCAGAUAACAAACGAGUUCAGCUGGUAGCAACUAUGUUUCGGGGAAGAGCUAAUUCGUGGUGGCAACAACACAAACUACAACGCUCUCGUAAAGGGAAGCAGAAUUUAGUCUCGUGGGAGAAGAUGAAGAAACAUAUGAGAGCAGAAUUUUUACCACACAACUAUAUCAGCUUGAUGUACCAGCAACUACAAAACCUACGCAAGGGAACACUUUCUAUAGACGAGUACACGAAGGAAUUUUAUCGAUUACUUUCUCUUAACGAUUUGUCGGAGUCAGAUGAGCAAAGAGUCGCACGUUAUGUAGGUGGUCUUCCUCAGCAAUAUCAGGAUACACUUAACAUGUUUGACUGUUGUUCUAUAUCGGAUGCACAUCAUAGAGCAAGGCAGGUAGAGAAACAAGUGGGGCGUAGAAGUUCAAAUUGGGGUAACAAUGUAGCAUCUUCCCCAACAAGUAAUCGUAGUACGUCAACAACUAGUACUGUUAACAAACCUAAUUCGGUUUCGACCCCAAUUAAAACUCCAAUCAGCUAUUUUGGAGGCAAGUGUAAUAAGUGCGGUGAAACUGGGCACAAAGGCACUGACUGUCGCAAAGUAGAACGUGUGAACAAGGUUUUUUUCAAUGAAGACAAUCGUGAAGAAGAUGAUUGGGUACCUGAAUAUGAUGAGGAUCCAGAGGAUGACUCUGAACCUAGUGAUGAAGUAGUUACAGGAGAUACAGGAGUGAACUUUGUAGCAAGAAGAAGUUUUCUCACUCCACGUAUAGAUGAGGACGACAACUGGUUACGUAAUAAUAUAUUCCAGUCGACAUGUACGAUCGAGGGAAAAGUUUGUCGUUUAGUUAUUGAUCCUGGAAGUUGCGAGAAUAUGAUUGACGAAGAGGUCGUGAAACGGUUUAGGAUGGAAACCAAGGCACAUCCGCAUCCAUAUAAACUUUCUUGGCUUAAGAAAGGGAAUGAGGUGAAACUUUUUAUGGAACGACACGUACGUAUAGUACUUGUACCCAGCAAAGAAAUUGCACCUAAACCAUCUACCGGACAAACUACCAAUCUCUUGUCGUUUAAGCAGUUUGAAGUUGAGGCAGAAGAUGCAGGAGAACUGUAUGUGUUGAUUAGCAAAGACCAACAGCCGGAUGAAAGUAGUAUCCCUAUUGCAGCUCAACCUUUAAUUAAGGAAUUUAUUGAUGUUUUCCCUAACGAGUUGCCAGACGAGCUACCACCUCUCCGGGAUAUACAACACCAUAUUGAUCUCAUCCCUGGAUCAAGCUUGCCAAACAAAGCGCAUUAUAGAAUGAGUCCUAAGGAGCAUGAAGAACUUCGUCGUCAAGUGGAAGAGUUGUUACAGAAAGGUUUGAUCCGACAGAGCCUAAGUCCUUGUGCUGUACCGGCCUUGUUGAUUCCAAAGAAAGAUGGAACGUGGAGAAUGUGUGUUGACAGUCGAGCCAUCAACAAAAUCACAGUAAAAUACCGUUUUCCAAUUCCUAGAUUGGAUGACCUGCUAGAUCAGUUGUGUGGAGCGAAGGUGUUUAGCAAACUCGACUUGAAGAGUGGGUACCAUCAGAUCAGAAUUCGAGAAGGUGAUGAGUGGAAAACAGCUUUUAAGACUCGAGAAGGGUUAUAUGAGUGGAUGGUUAUGCCGUUUGGAUUGUCCAAUGCGCCUAGUACAUUCAUGCGUAUAAUGAAUCAAGUUCUCAGGCCCUUUAUCGGUACUUUUGUGGUCGUUUAUUUCGACGAUAUUCUUAUUUAUAGUGUUGAUAUGAACAUGCAUUUUCAACAUCUUCGAGAAGUGCUUUCAACUCUACGUCGGGAAAAAUUAUUUGCAGCCAUCAAGAAGUGUUCAUUCAUGACUGACCAAAUUCUAUUUCUCGGCUAUGUCGUAACCAAGGAUGGAAUAAAGGUAGAUGAUUCCAAGGUUGAAGCUGUAAGAAAUUGGACCACACCCACUACACUGCACGAGGAAAGUUCUCAUGGUCUGAGGAAGCUGACAAAGCCUUUGAAGCAGUCAAGACAAAACUAAUAACCGCACCACUAUUGGUGUUACCUGAUUUCAGCAAGCCAUUUGAAUUACACUGUGAUGCAUCGAAGGUGGGAAUUGGAGCUGUUUUGAGUCAGGAAGGACGACCUGUAGCAUAUUUUAGUGAGAAGUUGAAUGGUGCUAAGACCAACUACAGUACUUAUGAUGUGGAGUUUUAUGCCAUAGUUCAAGCCUUGAAGCAUUGGCGACACUAUCUAAUUCAUAACGAAUUCAUUAUGUUUUCUGACCAUGAUUCUUUAAGGCAUAUCAAUAGGCAAGAGAAGCUUUCAUCUAGACAUGGUAAGUGGGCUUCUUAUUUGCAAGAGUUCACUUUUGUACUGAAGCACAAAGCUGGGUCGCAGAAUCAAGUUGCUGAUGCUUUAAGCCGUCGAAGUAUGUUACUCAACACCAUGCGAACUGAGGUAAUAGAUUUUGAUUCGUAUUCUGAACAUAUUCUAACCGAUCCACACUUUGUGGAGAUUGUGGAUAAUAUCAGUCUAGGAAAACGAAGUGAUUACCUUAUGCAUGAAGGAUUUCUCUUUAAAGGUAACCAAUUGUGUAUUCCCGAUUCUAGUCUUCGAUUGAAGAUUAUUAAGGAGUUACAUGACGAGGGGCACAUG